AUGUCUACAACCAAAUUUGAAUUCUUACCAAAUGAAAUUUUAUUGCAAUAUUUUCGUUAUCUGAAUAUCAUCGAUAUAUUUUAUUCAUUUGAUCAAUUAAAUCAUCGUUUCAAUUCUCUUAUUCGAACUAUUCCAUUUUGUUUAAACUUUCAAAAUAUUCAAAACAAAUUUCAAUGUGAAGAAUUUUGUCAGAAGUUAUCAGCUGAUGAAACAAUUCGAAGUCAUCUUUAUUCCCUAUAUUUAUCAAAUGCAAAUACAUCAUAUCCAGUUCAUUUAUUUCUUUCAAAAUUUCCACUUUUACAAUUCGAUCAUCUUUGUUCAUUAACUUUACAUAAAAUAACACCAAACAAUUGGAAAUGUAUUCGUACAAAAUUAUCAUCAAUACCUAAAUUAUGUUCUUUUCAAAUGAUUGAUUAUUCUAGACAAUUAGAUGAUCUAAUAUUCGUACUGCCAAUAUCAAAAUUACAAACUUUAAUCAUCCCUGACCAAUUAGUUCUAAUGCCAAUUUCCUUUCUUCAUUGUACAUCUCUGAUGCAUGUAUCAAUUAAUACAUGUGAUUUAUAUGAUUUAUUUAUUCUAUUGAAUAAGGCAUCAAAACUGAAUUAUUUAAAAAUAGAAUAUGUUAAUGAUAGAAAUAUGGAGUUAGUAGAUUCAAAAUAUAUCGACAAUUCGGUGAGCAAUCUGCGAACAUUACAUAUCAAUCAAUUUCUAAGUAAAGCUCAUUAUCUUUUUAUGUUGUUGAAAAGAACACCAAAUUUGGAAAACUUAGCAAUAUUUCAUAAUAAAGAUAUAAAUUGUAUUAAUGCUUAUGAGUGGCAAAAUUUCAUAACUUCUUCAUUACCUCAUUUAAAGAAUUUUAAAUUUCAAUUUUAUGUCAACUUUUUUUCACGAAAUAAUGGCGUUGAACAAAGAUUAAAAGAUUUUCAAAGUAGUUUUUGGUUUAUUGAACAUCAUUGGUACACAGAAUAUAUUAUAUCACAAACUUCAGCAUUAAUUUAUACUAUCCCAUAUUCAUUUGAUAAAUUUCGACUUCAACCAUUUAUUGAUAGACAUUAUAACGAAUUAAUCGGUCAUCUUGAUACAUUUAAUAAUGUGAAAGAUUUAACACUUCAUUCUCAAAAAUUAACAGAAAAAAGUCAGUUUUAUUUUUCUAAUAUUGUUUGUUUAUCAUUUGAAGGUACAUAUGUAACAUAUGACGUAGAUAACCAAGUAAAAUCUGGUGAAUUAAAAUAUCUACAAACGAUGAUUAAUUUAUCAAACAUUAAACAUUUGAAUCUAUUCGACGUAGUACGAUCUAAAUCAAAAGAUGUAUUUGAAGAAUUAUUCCAAUCUACAACACAAUUAUCGUCAUUAAAAAUCAAAUAUUGUGAUUUAAUAUAUUGGUUCGAUGAUGAUGAUGAUGAAUUAUGCAAAUAUUUAAACAAAAUAAUUAAAAAAUUAGAUAUCAGUCGCAGUUUAUUAAACAAUUCAGAUCAAUUAAAGCAAUUGUGUGAAAUAUUUUCUAAUCUUGAACAACUCAAAUGUUUUUCAAAUGCAUCAGCUGCAUUAUUGUUAAUCAAACAUUUACCUAAAUUAACUCACCUAAAAGUUCAUCUAUAUUCAGAGGAUGAUCAGAUAUCUGGAAUUAAAGAAGAAAUAGAAAAACUUGAAUUAGAUACAACUGCUGAAUUUGAUAAUGAUAAUUCUCCGAAGAUUUUAUUCGUUUGGAUUAAUCGAAAUUAG